AUGGAAGCAGUUCUUUAUAAUAUUCUUCAGCAUAAUGGGUUCGAUGGAAUAACAAAGGCAGCUGAACGAAUGUUUCUUGAUGCGAUCGAUAAGCAUCUUAAGGCUCUUUUUUACGAAUUAGCAAUCCACACACAAGUUGGAAAACACAAUGAACCUACUACUCAAGAUGUUGCGCAUUGGUUAAACUUAAACAAUAUACCGUUAUCGAGCCUUCAUAAAGAGUUACAUAAGGUAUACAAGCCUUUAUCAAAAGAAUUUAUUGAAAACCUAGAAGAAACAAUUCACAAGUCCGCUGAUAUACCGGAUCGUUUCAAAUCAUCAUUAGACUCUAGCAUGAUUUCUCACUUGCUUGGUUCUUUAGCCGUCUCUCAAAACCGACCUAGUUAUGUCGCCAACCACUUGCCUCCCUUUCCAGCAUCUCACACAUAUCUAGCUAGUCCCGUGUACCCAGUAAGACCCACAUCUCCUAGACGGAUACGAGAACUGGCUACGAAAGAAUCCCGUUUGGCUGAAAAUGCCUUGCGCAAGAUUCUAAAUGCCAAUCAACCUCAAGUUUUAAAUUCACCCCGACAAGCUGCUUUUACAAAGGCUAGCCAAGAUUUAGACUUGGAUAGCAAAUCAUUUCACAUUGUCAAUUGGGAAUCACAGAAAUGGAACACUUCAAGAUGA